AUGAUUUGCGACGAAGGCCCGAGUGCCGAAACUCGAGAAAGCAAGAGCGGCAGGUGGAUGCAGCGGCAGGCGGAUGCACGCUUGGAGACGGCGGCGGAAGCCGUCAUCGAUGGCAGUUCUAUUUUCGGGAUCGGUCGUAGAAUUGUCAUUGGUGUCAGUGGCGGAGUCGGUGCAAGUCCAGAUAGUACCAGCCACAUAGUACCAGUAGCCUUGCGGUACCGCUUGGUGACGGCAGGACAGAGAUCCUUCAUGGUUUUCCUGCUCACCCCGACCAACGACAGAUGUUCUGUCAACUUCGCCGCCUCCUCGUCGAUCCCAUUCAUCAGGCAACGGUAA